GAGACGUCCCAUUACAAAAAAGCAAGCAAGAAGAGGAGGAGGAAGAGAUUUUUGGAAAGCCAUGGAGACCAAGAAUGCAUGAAGGACAUCAGUCAAACAGCAGAGACGAUAAAUCCCCUGCCUCUCUCCAUGUUGAAAUCCAGGGAUUCCCAAUUCCUCAGAAUGGUAAGAGAAAUCAAAGGGGAGAAGGUUUAGGGAAACUACUGAAAGGUAAAUCAGAUUUCUAUAAAAACUGCAAAAAUUUUACUAAAAAGAACCAGGACAAUCGCAGAGUGAAUGGAAAAAGUUGCAGUCAAACCUCUCCUUUUACAUUAGAGAAAAUGGAGUACGUAACAGAGAAACUAUAUGAGUGGGUGGAAUGUGAGAAAAUUUUCAGCAAGAGCAGUGACGUUGUAGCACAUGAAAGGGUCCACACAACGGGGAAACCUUAUCCAUGCUUGGAGUCUGGAAAGAGCUUCAGUCAGAGUAGUUCCCUUACUUCCCAUAAAAAAAUCCACAUGGGAGAGAAACCUUAUAAAUGCACGGAGUGUGGGAAAACCUUCAGAGAGAGCAGAUAUCUUGCUUCCCAUAAAAGGAUCCACACUGGGGAAAAACCGUAUAAAUGCCUGGAGUGUGGGAAAACCUUCAGAGAGAGCAGCCAUCUUACCUCCCAUAAAACGAUCCACACGGGAGAGAAACCUUAUAAAUGCAUGGAGUGUGGGAAAAGCUUCAGAAGACGCAACCAUUUUACUUCCCAUAAAAGGAUCCACACAGGAGAGAAAGCUUAUAAAUGCACGGACUGUGGGAAAAACUUCAGAGAGAGCAGCCAUCUUGCUUCCCAUAAAAGGAUCCACACUGGGGAAAAGCCAUAUAAAUGCACCGAGUGUGGAAAGAGCUUCAGUCAGAGUAGUUCCCUUACUUCCCAUAGAAGGAUCCACACAGGAGAGAAACCUUAUCAAUGCCUGGAGUGUGGGAAAAAUUUCAGUAGGAGCAGCUCUGUUACUUCCCAUAACAGGAUCCACACAAGAGAGAAAGCUUAUAAAUGCCUGGAGUGUGGGAAAAACUUUGGAGAAAGCAGAUACCUUGCUUCCCAUAAAAGGAUCCACACUGGGGGAAAACCAUAUAAAUGCCUGGACUGUGGAAAGAGCUUCAAUGGUUGCAGUUCCCUCACAUCUCAUAGAAGGAUCCACACCGGGGAGAAACCGUACAAAUGCCUGGUGUGUGGGAAGACCUUCAGCGGAUGCAGCUCCCUGACGUCCCAUAAAAGGAUCCACACUGGGGAGAAACCGUAUAAAUGCCUGGUGUGUGGGAAGACCUUCAGCGGAUGCAGCUCCCUGACGUCCCAUAAAAGGAUCCACACUGGGGAGAAACCAUAUAAAUGCCUGGAGUGUGGGAAGAGCUUCAGGUGGAGCAGCGACCUUACUAUUCACAAAAGGAUCCACACCGGGGAGAAACCGUAUCAAUGCAUGGAAUGUGAAAAGAGCUUCAGCAGGUGCAGUGAACUUACUUCCCAUAAGAGGAUCCACACAGGAGAGAAGCCAUACCAAUGCACAGUGUGCGGAAAGAGCUUCAGCGACAGCAGUAUCUUUGCUGGCCAUAAAAGGACCCACACGGGGGAAAAACCGUACAAAUGUUUGGAGUGCAGUAAACGGUUCAGUUGCUGGAGUUCCCUUUCAUCCCAUAAGAGGAUCCAUACGGGGGAGAAGCCAUAUAAAUGCACGGAGUGUGGCAAAUCUUUUGGUGACUGCAGUUCCCUUACAUUCCAUAAAAGGAUCCACACAGGGGAGAAACCAUAUAAGUGCGUGGAGUGUGGGAAGAACUUCAGGUGGAACAGUGACCUUACUUCCCAUAAAAGGACUCACACAGGGGAGAAACCAUAUAAAUGUAUCGAAUGUGGAAAGUGCUUCAGUACCUGCAGUGGCCUUACUUCCCAUAGAAGGACCCACACAGGAGAAAAACCUUAUAAAUGCAUGGAAUGUGGUAAGACCUUCAAGCAGAGCAGAUCCCUUACUUCCCAUAAAAGCAUCCACACGGGGGAGAAACUAUACACAUGCCUGGAGUGUGGAAAAAGCUUCAGGUUGAGCAGGUCACUCAAUUCCCAUAAAUGGAUCCAUGUGAGAGAGAAGGCACAUUCAUUUAUGGAAAGUAGAAAGACUUUCAGUAACUGUAGUGGCCUAAUUGCUCAUGAAGAAAGCAAUGUAGGGGAGAUGCAGUGGAAUGUGGAAAGAGCUUCAGUAUCAACUGAAACCUUACUUGAUAUUAAAGAACUCAUUUAGGGGGAAGUCAUAUAAAUCAGAAGUUGCCAAGUUUCUUGACAGU